AUGGCGGAGCGAGAAACCAAGAAAAGCGGCCUACGUGCCAUGUUUGGGAUGCGAUCAGGGAAACAACCAAAAGAGCCGGGUACGCGGAAGAAGCUAUCCAAGAAAGGAUCACGAAGCGAUAUACUUGGAAAGCUUGACUCAACUGCGAACGUAGCGAACACCAACCGCCAAGAUUCUGGCAGCUUCACAAACGAAAGAAGCGAUCUCUCAGAGAACGCUUUUGGUUUACCAACCUAUGAAGAUAUCACUGGUCUCGCGCCACAUGCGUUGCGUGACCACCCAUAUGCUGCCGUUGAUGCUCUUACGCAUACCAAUAACGCCUAUCUACAGCCUGCGCAACAAGCGGCCGACUACCGCCGCAACUCAGAAGGACAACCACAGUACGCUGCACCUUUAUAUCAAUCACAUAGCUCGAGAUCCGCAUCAAUACCGCAGUUGGAACAUGAGAAAACUCUACCCUACGCGCCAUCGAGAUCUCAGCCUUCAAAGCUGAGCAAGGCUCAUCGAGCACCCUCGAAGCCCACAAGAGCCGAUGAUGUUCUCGAUAAAGAUACUGGAGAAAGAAAGGAUUUGACAGACAUGAUGCAUGCCUUCACGUACAUUGAUGGAGUGGAUACUAUUGAGGAAGAACGGGAUGAUCAAUCCAUACUAUAUGACCCUACGAAGCCCGAUGGAAUGGCGUUACUUGGCAGCGCAUCGCCUGAAGUAUGGCUUCACGUUGCAGAUUUUCUAUCACCACUUGACGUUGCCAACCUAUCGUCUACAUGCCGGACCAUGUACGCUCGACUAGGUAGACAUCCAUACAAACUACUUUUGGACCCGUUGCAUCGGCCACAACGGCUCGACUUCCUACUUGCAAUGGAUCACAAGAUGCCACGUCAUCUCUUCUGUUUCCCCUGCGCACAGUGGCACUUACGGAUCCAGCCUGGCCUAGAGACGCUGAAACCCCAAAAUGUUCUCAAUCCACUCUUCGAAUGCCCUAACCGAACCAAUAUUCGCAUCCCGCCGCCACGAAUCCGACUCAGCGAUGGACGCACACUACCAUUCGCCUUUAUUCAACUAGCCCGCCGCCAUUGGGCUUACGGUCCCGAAUAUGGCAUUCCCCAUCAGUCGCUGGGCCGCCGUUGGAAAGACAGCUACUCAGACUGGAGCCAUGACUCUACCUAUCACAUCACUGACAAAGGUCACGUCUUGAUGCGCAUUCGAUCACAACAUUAUGUCGAAGGUGGUAUGACAGAUGCAGCAAAGCGCAUGCUUCUGUUUAGCCGUGGAGACUACACACCCUACUUUAGCGUAUGCGCGCAUUGGAAACAUGGGUUGUUAACUUCGAUUCCCAAAUGUGCACUGAAGCAUAUUCCUCACGUCCACGACUCCGAAACAACGGCUCUUGACAAGUUCCGCGAACGCAACCUAGGAAAAAAAGCCGUCGGUAUGGUUCAUCUCUGCUCCGUGUGCCGACCGAUGCGCCGCUGUCCAAAAUGCCCGACUGAAUACUUGUUUGAACUCAAACUCGUCGAAGAUAAGAGUGUGCGCGGUAAUGGUCCUGAACGCUUCAAACAGGCUCUCAUCGUUACCCGCUGGAGUGAUCUAGGACCUGCACGCAGCCCUACAGAUCCUGAAUGGAGCGCUAUCACGGGCGAAAAUGACACAUACGACAGUUUUGUGGAAAUUGGGCGAAGAGCCGUUAGUGGUGUGUUUGAAAGUGCGUUUACGGAUACGAUACCUGGGCAGCGGAUUAUGAGUAUGAAUCCGAUGGAUGUGAAGGCAAAUGAAGAAAGUGGAGACUGGUAUUAA